GGGCCAGGCGGUGGCCGGGACAGGGUGGGGCGGUGCAUUUGCCAGCGCAGAGCUUUUCAGUCCCUGGGCUGAAACUGAAAGGAGCCGCAGAGCCGGUCGUUAGCUGUGCGGCGGGGCACCGCAGGACGCGGUGCCACCAUGGAGCUGGGGAACAUCUCGCAGCCCGUGUACGGCCCCGGCCUCGAGGAGCCGAGCAGCAGCAUGCCGGGGCUGGUCCGCAUGGCGCACGGCUUCCUGCACCUGGUGCAGCCCCACAGUCUCCCCUUGGAGCUGAUAGCGGAUCUGGCACAGACGCAGGGCAGGGUGGUGACCGAUGAGCAGAAGGAGGAGCUGCUGUGUUACGAGCUGGGCUUCCUGGUGUGCAUCGCCAUCGGGCUGCUCUUCGCCGUCGCGGUGCCGCUGGCGGGAUGCUGCUUCUGCUGCUGCCGCUGCUGCGGGCGCUGCGGGGGCCGCAUGUCCCAGAAGCAGAGCGGGCGGAUGCGCAGCCGACGCCGGGUGCUGUACAGCGCUGUGCUGCUGGUGUCGGCGCUCCUGCUGGCCGGCGAUGUGUGCGCCUUCAUCAGCAACCUCCGCUUCUCACAAUCCGUGAGCAGCGCCUUCCCCAACAUCAACAGCACCGUGCACGACCUCUGCUCCUACCUGCUCUCCAUCCCCCAGCAAGUCAGCUUCAUCAUCGACAGCAGCAGCGUCCCGUUGGGCAGCACCAAUGACAGCCUGCAGAACAUUGGGCCCCUCCUCGGCGGCAGGAUCGCCUCCAGCAUCAGGAGCUGCACAGACGAGGCGCUGGGAUCCCUACAGAGCCUUUUGGGAGGUGAUGUCCCAGUGAUUCUGAGGAUGUGUGGGGGACACCAGGGGGAUACGAGGGCUGAGGGCUGGGCUGGGGGCACAUGUGGUGUUUUGGGAAAGGCCUCUGGGGAGGGGUGUGCCUGCCCAUCCCUGGUCUGGCUGGAAUGCUGGCACUUUGGGGUGUAUUCCUGGAUGUCCCUCGCUGCCUCUCCAGCAAUGGAAACACUGGCGUCCACCUUUGGCACCAUCAACAGCACCCGCUGGCGCCUGGAGGAACUGCAGGGCACCUACGACGGGCAGCUGGGCACGCUGCGGACACGCAUUGACAGCACCCUGCAGCGCUGCGGGCAGCCCUGCAGCACCACCUCAUCCAGUGGUGUGGCCUUCGUGGCCAACUAUAGCACGGUGCCCGGUGUGGAGCGGCAGCUGGAGGCGCUGUGGGAUGUGCUGGACAGUGGCAUAGAGGGGGAUUUGGAGGUGAUCAGCGUGCUGGAGCAGGCCCCCAGAAAGGUGCAAGAGCAGACCCAGAACGUGGUGACACGGACCCAGAAGCAGCUGGGCUACAUCAGGCAGGAGAUUCGCAGCAUGCAGGACCAGCUGCCGCUGCAGAAUGUGGAAGAGACAGCUGGGAACCUGGUGAACCAAACCAAUGCCGUGCUGGGGGACAACCAGAAGACUAUCACUGACCUGGAUAGCAUCAGGUGGAGCGUGUGUGCCCUGCUGUGCUGCAUGGUGCUGCUGGUAGUCCUGUGCAACACCUGCGGGCUGCUGCUGGGGCCGCUGGGGCACAAGGAGAGCACGCUGCCCACCCAGCGUGGCUGCCUCUCCAACACCGGAGGGAACUUCUUCAUGGCAGGGGUGGGCUUCAGCUUCAUCUUCUCUUGGCUGCUGAUGCUGCUGGUGCUGCUCACUUUCUUCCUGGGGGGGAACAUCUACAUGCUGGUCUGUGAGUCCUGGAGCAGCCAGCAGCUCUUCCAGCUUGUGGAUACCCCUGGUCUCAUCCCCGGCUUUAACCUUUCGGAGGUGCUGGGUGACGAGAGUGGCACCAUCACCUUCUCACAGAUCUACAGAGAAUGCCAGCAGGAUGCUGCCCUAUGGCAGACGCUGCGCCUGGACCAGAGGGUGUCCCUGGAUGAGCUUCUGGACAUCAGCCAGUACACAGGGAAGAUCUCAGCGGCUUUCCAGAAGCUGAACAUCACCCUGACCCCCAUCUCUGUGCUGAACAAGAGCCAGCGGGAGCUGCUGCUGAAUGCCUGCCACGAUGCACAGCCCCCCAGCUUCACCCACACCCUGCAGCAGCUGGAUCAGGGCGUCACGGUGGGCAGCCUGCAGGAGCUGGCCACAAAGCUGGAGCAGUUGGUGGGCAACGCGAGUGCAGAUGUUCAGAGGGACCUGAAGGCAGAUGCUGCUGAGCUGCGGGAGCUGGACAGGGAGCUGAACAGCAACUUCUCAGGGCCGCUGAAAACCCUGAAGGAGAACAUCCAGCUGGUGCAGAGCCAGGCUGCCCAGCUCGAGGCACUGACAAACUCCACGUUGGACAAAGCCAGUGCCACAGAGGAGUUCCUGAGAAGGGAGAUGGGGAACAUAAUCAAGAAUGAGACGUGGGCCUUCCUAGAGGAGCUGCUGGACUUCUUUGAGACCUACAUUGCCUGGGCCAAGAGCAGUCUGAGGAUGGAUGUGGCACGCUGCAAGCCCAUAGCCCAGAGCCUGGAUAACGUGGAGGCCAUCGCCUGUGACCACAUCUUGGACUCUAUGAACACCUUCUGGUUCAGCCUGGGCUGGUGCACUGUGUUCCUGCUGCCCAGCAUCAUCCUGGCCGUGCGUCUUGCCAAGUUCUACCGCCGCAUGGACAUCAACGACGACUACAGGAAAGAAGCUGUGGAGAUAGGGCCUGCAUUCAACCUGUACAAAAUCCCCCAGCCAGCUACAAGUCAUUAGCCUCCAUCACAACACGGCACAGGCACUAAGGACGCUGAACACGACAGCUCUGUCUGCUGCAUCUUCUCCCUUAGCACUGGGAACAGGCUGGGAGCCCCCUCCCCACUUCCCAAUAAGUGGUGAGGUGCUACAGCUGGGAAACAGCCUGCAGGAGAAGGGUGUGUGCCCUUUGCAUUGCCCCAGGUGGGGCUUUGCUACCCCUCAUCACCUGGGGAAGGUGGCAGGGAAGGGGAGGAGUAGCACAGCAUCUCCCCACGGUUCAUUGCAGCCAUGCUGUGGUGUGGGGCUGGGCCAGGACCCCUCCUCCCCCUUGUGUGCACAGGCAGAUGCUGCUGGCUGAGGGGAACUUGCUUACCUGCUCCAUAACCAAUGUGAGUAUUUAUUUGUGCAGGGAGCCUGACUCUCCAGUGCUGUGAUUUUGGGUGUAAAACAAUAAACGAGGUGAUUUCGUGUUGUA